UGACAGAGAGAGAGGUAGAGGGAGAGAGAAAGAGUAAGAGGUGUACAGACAGCCGGAGAGUGAAAGUAGGGCAGCGGAGGAAGAACAGAGAGAGAGACUACUUCAUGCUAUUUCACGAUUGCUGAGAGAGAUUUGACCAUGAAGCUCUUCUGCCUCUUGUUUCUGCUGGGUGUGUCUACAGUUCAGGCAGCUCAUCAGGAUACCUCCAGGGUCUACCCCACUGUACCCUCUCAACUCCAGCCCCAGACGCAGCCUCCACCCGAGGCCAAGUCCCGCUUUGCCAUGCUGGACGAUGUCCGUCUCCUUGCCAACGGCUUGCUCCAACUGGGUCAGAGCCUCAGGGAGUUUGUCCACAAGACCAAGGCCCAGAUCAACGACAUCUUUCAAAAACUCAACAUCUUUGACCGCUCUUUCUACCAGCUCUCUGUGGUCACCUCUGAGAUAAAGGAGGAAGAGGAGGAGCUGAAGAAGACCACCACAUUCCUCAAGGCCAACAACGAGGAGAUCCGGAACCUGUCACUGGAGAUCAACUCCAAGAUCAACAGUAUCCUGCAAGAGAGGAGCCAGCUGCAGAGUAAAGUAGGGGGGCUGGAGGAGAAACUGAAGGGACUGUCGGAGAGCAUGAUGCCCGCAGAGCAGCUCUACGAGAUCAAGUCACUCAAGGAUGUGAUUGCGGCUCAGGAGAGGACCAUCACGGACCUGCUGAAAGCUGUGAGGGAGCAGCACGAUCAGCUUAACAACCAAAAAACUAAGAUCAGGACUCUGGAGGAAAAGAUCAGCAUUGACAAUUUCCAGGACACAACUGACAAAGUUGCAGAUUCCAACUCAGAGACGCCAGACAUGUUUGAAUACCUGACAGGCAACUCCACUGGUCUGGACACAGACCUAUCCAUGGACUGCAGUGAUCUGUUCAACAGAGGAGAGAGAAACAGCGGGGUGUACUCUAUCAAGCCAAACCAGUCUGAGCCUUUCAAUGUGUUCUGUGAACUGACCUCAGGAGGAGGAUCAACAGUCAUCCAGAGCAGGGAGGACGGGUCUGUGGAUUUUGACCAGGCAUGGGAGAAGUACGAGAACGGAUUUGGGGAUCUGGAAAGAGAGUUCUGGCUGGGCCUGAGGAAGAUCCACAGCCUUGCUGGUCAGGGUGAAUCUAUCCUGCGUAUUGAGCUGGAGGACUGGAAGGAGGAGAGGAGGUCUGUAGAGUACCAGUUCACCAUAGAGGGACCCCAGGCCCACUACACCCUCCACCUCACCCACCUGUCUGGUGAUCUGCCCGACGCCAUGGGCAACCACAGUGGCAUGAGGUUCUCAACCAAGGACAGAGACAACGACAACCACCAGGACUCCAACUGCGCCAAAAACUACACAGGUGGCUGGUGGUUCAAUGCCUGUGGUGACACCAACCUGAACGGCAGGUACAUGUGGCUGAGGUCAAAGGGUCGUUCCAUGAGGAGGAAAGGAAUCCAGUGGAAACCUAUGGGGACCUCCUACUCCCUCAAGACCACCAAGAUCUCCAUACGGCCCGCCUCACCCGCCCCUCUCACCUCAAGUCCCCCUUAACCUCGUCCCCACCUACAUUACACCUCGUUGGUACGGCAACAACAAAGACACCCCCUCUCGCCGUAACCUUCCACUUACCCACCCUCGCAUUACACAUUGUUGGCAUGGUAGCAACAGAUAGAGCAGCUGUUGACAGUAGAAAAAAAGUCUGCCGUCAAUAACAGCCAGCCAACAAUUUUGUAUGACAGAGAAAAUAAGCUGACUCGUUAGAAUGAUGCAAUAGCAGUCAGCCGGUCAAUGACCUCACAAAUUGUUCCAGAUACACAUAUAGAGUUGGGUAAUCAGUUUUAUAAGAGCCACGUUUUGGUUUGGAUGGAAUGUCAGAUGAUUCAACACUGUCUGUCCUGGUCUGCAACACAUCCCAGCACUGAGAAGUUAGGCUACCUUCAAUGGGUGAAUUUAAAAAAAUAAUCAAUUAAGUAAUUAUGUAAGCGACAGAACACUCUGCUUUAGAUAAGUUACUACUCAUUAUGUUAAAUGAAUGAACUGCAUGUGACAAAGACAUCAUCCUCAGGCAUGUCCUUAUCCACGGAUUUAUCACUCUAUAUUGUAUUUCUGCACAUUCGGUGGCUGUUGCUGAAUGUACCAAAUAUUCACACAUAAGUAGACAAAAUAUCAAAAUGAUGCAUAGAUCUUCAAAUGUAUAUGAGCUUAGUGUUUUCACCAUCUUUUAAAAAACGUUAUACUGUAUUUAAAACAAUUUUGAUAAUGUUCUAUUAAAUGUGCUGCCAGGGUAGUUAAACGUCAGGUCAUUUAGAUUGGUCAUAUUGACUCUCGUCUCCUGCCAACGCUCAUCUUUCUGCUGCAUUUAAAACGGCUGCUACUUACUGUACAUAUGUUAUGUUUCUUACUAAUUAUUGCAGAGUGAUUAAAUUAAAUGUAGUUCUUUCCCCCAUUAUUAAACUAAUUGACCAAC